GGCUCCAUUCUACUCUGGAAGGUAUCAAUGAACGGUCGGUCGUUUUUCGCGUGAGCUCGCGGUUGUUUUAUUCAUCCUACUGUGUCUCUGCUCUGGUAUUUGUGGGGUGGAGGAGUGAAAAUAUUUGAGCUGGUGCAUAUUUACUGGUGCGUUGGAUGUUCGCAAUUACAUCACAGGCGUAGGAGGAGCAUUCUAGGUGUUCACAAUUACGGAAGCUAUUGUUGGAAUCCUCCAGCUGGGAUUGGUUUGGAGCGAUUUGCAAACCGAGUGUUUAAUUGAUUUAUAUUUUUGCACUCGGAAGAGUGCCAGAAAAAGUUCGAUCGAUUUGGUGCUGUGAGGGGUAUCUCUCAGAGGAAAAUACGAUUACAAACAAGGUGCUGUGGAAGGAAGAAAAGCUCGUGUGGGUGAAGCUUCCACAUUUCUUUCAAGUGAUUGUUCCGAAGAAACAUAAUCAAAAGAAAAACAUCGAGCAGCUGGAUUUGGUGAACCAGAUACACGGAUACUCCUAGAUUUGUAAACUUUCAUUCGUAACGUAACGUUCGGGGUAAACCCGAAAAACAAGCCGUAGCAACGGAGGAAUCUUUCGGCAGGAUGGGCGACCACGGCCCAGACAUGAACACAUUGGAAACAGAUUAUGUUGUCUUAAUUUCAGUGGUGCCAGCCGUUCUGGGCCUGACAGCGGCAGCCAUUUUGACCGUGACGGCUUGCUUCUGUGCCCGGCGGAUCCGGCGGCAGAAGAAGAAGGCCGGCCACGAAUCGACCUCGCUCCCGUUCCAGCCCCCGAGACCCCCUCGAGCGGUCCGUUCUCCUUCCGGCCAACCGCCACAGUAUCUGAAAAAAUCUCCAUCGCCAACUGGAAUGAAACCACCCCCGGGAGGCCAUUUGCCAGCACAAUCGCCAACCGAACAGAGCUGCAUCCCGAGGAAUUCGGCCACUCCGAUCCCAACCUGCACCACCACCAAAUACAGCGAAGAAAACGAACUUACCCCAAAGAAGGUGAGCCUGGAGCCGAAAUCCCCUGGCGGCGAUCCGGACACCCUGGAUGGUAACGACAACCUCUCCGAGUACGGAAAGCUGGGCUCCAUUGUCUUCAAGCUUCGCUAUCUGGCCGAUAGGAGCGCUCUGGUUGUUUCGGUCGUUCGUUGCCGGGGUCUACCGGGAAAGAACCACAAUUCGACGACCACCGAUUUGACCGCACUUCCGGCCGGUCCCCUCUGCAACGGAAACGAGAACGUCAAACAGGGAGCCACCGAUCCGUACGUCAAGCUGCAGCUUCUGCCCGAUAAACAGCACAAGGUUAAGACCAGAGUCGUUCGCAACACCCGCAAUCCGGUCUACGACGAGGAUUUCACCUUCUACGGUCUGACCCUGAGCGAGCUGGCCGGCAUGUCCCUGCACUUCGUAGUGCUAAGCUUCGACCGUUACAGCCGGGAUGACGUGAUUGGUGAAGUGGUUUGCCCCUUGAGUGGAAUCGACUUGCAGCAGAUCGAAAUUCAACAGGUUGCCCUGAGCCGAGAAAUUCAACCGCGUAGCUUAAAGAUUCGGGCCCAGGGACGUGGAGAGCUGUUGAUCUCACUUUGCUGGCAGCCGGCCGCAGCUCGGCUCACGGUGGUUCUACUGAAGGCUCGGAACCUUCCACGAAUGGACGUCACUGGGUUGGCUGAUCCUUAUGUCAAGAUCUAUCUGCUGUACAAUGGGCAGCGUAUUGCCAAGAAGAAGACUCACGUUAAGAAGCGUACCCUGAGUCCGGUGUUUAAUGAAAGCUUCGCUUUCGACAUUCCAUCUACGGAAGGAGCUGGAGCCACGUUGGAGGGCGUUUCGCUGGAGCUGAUGCUACUGGACUGGGAUAGGGUUACCAAGAACGAAGUAAUUGGGCGGCUGGAGCUGGGAGGACCUCGGAGUACUGGAUCGGCACUGAACCACUGGAAGGAGGUUUGCAAUUCGCCCCGGCGACAGAUCGCCGACUGGCACAAGCUAAGGGAGUAAGGUGACGGCCUUAGGGAACGCCACCUUGAAGGCUUGAAGUUUAAGGUUAUGGUUUGAUUCCGGAUCUAUGCAGCGGCCUUUGAAAGCCACGCGUCAAUCCGUUUUGAUCUCGAAUGUUUUAAAGGUUUAUUUUUUACAAUAAACAAUCAGAUUUCGUUUUGUUUUUGGUUAUAUUUUGAAAUCAUUUUGUUGAAAAGUUAAAUCUACAUAUUAAAAUGUGCUACAAAUAAGUUGUUAAGACAUUUACAAGAUCUACGUAUAAACCCUACAAAUAAUUUUAAAAUCAAUGAUAAUUGUAGUUAAGUUGAGGCAAACUAAUCGCUUCGAUUGACAGCUAAUCUAUUGGGAUAAAAGUAAGCAAAAAUGUGCAUAUGAAUAUAUAAUGAUACGGCUGAAAUUAUUAUAAUACAACAUAAACAUGAACAUAAUUCAAAAAGCAUCCCGAGAAAAAAAACAAGAUAGAACAACUUCAUUCAUAAGUUUUAUAUACUGACCAUCAAAAUCGGUUUUAGAACUGAUGCUGAACUAGGCAAAUCACAUCAAAACCAAACAGAGCGCAAGCCCAUAGAAUGCAAUUUUAGAUGCAUAUACCUAUUGAAGAAAAAAAAAAUUACUUACAAUAAAACAAAUUCCUAAAAAUCUAAGGAACCUUAUGAAAAGCAAAAAUUUAAAAUGCUUCAACGAAAGAUCCAAGCAAUCGUAGCAAACAUUGAUAAACAUAAAAUGUGAAACAAACGCCAUCUCUAGCUAGUUGCUAUUAGCAACAACAACAGCAGCAUCAUCUAGUAGUUGAAGCGGCUACUAAUACUCUCUUAUACAAAACACAAUUCGCCGAUGCACUUUCCAGUAGAACUCACACACACAGAGAAAAAAAAUAUAUAUAUAUAUAAAAAACAACACUAACAUGACUUCUGUAUACUCUUUUAUGCACAUGUCGUUUCAUUAUUGCUAAGAUAAUGAGUAAAAAAAAUGAAUGAAUUCAUGAAGUUUCACUCAACUGAAAAAAGCAAGCCUAAAUUUCCUUUUGAUUCUAAGAAACAUUGAAAGGUGCGAAACAAACAACCAAACAAAAUAUAAAAAAUAUAUUUAAAAAAAUUGCUUGAAAAUGAACAUUGAAAAACGAACCACCAAAGGUGAUGAUUUUCUCACAGAACUUGAAUGUAUAUUAACACACUGAGAAAAAAACUUAUAGAACAAUUGGAAAACUUCUUACCAGCAUCUUAAAGCAAACUUAUAUUUCGAAGACAAACAAAUGCUUACACAAAUACCAUCAAGAAUUGCUUAUGAUUUUGGGCUGAAAUUGAGCAAAAAAUGAGUGUAAAUUGAUGCUAAUGUUACUGAAAAAGAUAAUCAACUAUCAAAGAAGUCAAGUUAAAAAGAACAGAUAAAAAGGAAUACUCUCGAGAUUAUGUUAAUCUGAAAAAAUUACAAAGAGAGAAAAAUGAAAAUCAUAGAAGGAAUAUCGUAAUUUUUACUAGUGGAUUUGUUUCGGUGCAGUUAUAAGAAAACCCACUGACACUGCAUUUUUACUUUUCAACAUAAAAGUUUUUCACUUAUAUCAGAUUUUGUUUUGAUUUUUAGUAUUUGCAUUUUAAAUCUGAAUUCAGAAUAGAGCUCUAGAUUUUAGUUUAGACUUAGUUUAGAGUUUUAUCUUAUUGAUUUGAUCCCAAAGUUAGGUUGUGGCCCAUCGAAUUUUAUCUGAAAUUAUUAGUCAUUUUCAUAAUUCUUUCUUUGCAACUUUCCAAGCGAAAGUAUCAAAAAGUUGAAACGAAAAUACCAAUCCCAAUGAGAAGAUAAAAAUGAAAACCGAAGAUAGGGGAAACAGAAACAAUAGUAAACGUCCAUUGUCCAAAUGGAAAAGAAAACCCAUAAGUGUCGAUGACAUCAAUUUGAAAAGACGUAACUGUAGUUAAAACUUUUUUUUUGGAAACGCUUUUUAUGUAAGGGAUAAGCAUUGGCAAGGAAGAAAUAUUAUUGGAUCGAAUAAAUAUUGCAUAAAAGUUGAAAUUUUGAUUUAUAUAUUCAGUCCAUAUGAUGGAUUUUGACAUGAAAAAAGAUACAAAAAUUAAUAAAAAAAAAUUGCUUACAAUUAGAACGACGAGUGACAAACUGAUGUAAAUUGAUAGAAAGUAAACGUAGAAAAGCAACUGCUUAAAAAAUGAAAUGUAACCAGUAUCCUAGAAACUCGUAAAGGAAAAAAACGAACACCUCUGAAUGUAUUUUCCCUAAAAAGAGAAAGAUUAACACAGUAGAAAAAAAAAGAGAAAAACUUUUUAAGCACCCAAAAAUCCCAUUCUUCAAAAUCAAUAGACAGUCACGCAUUCAUUUAACCAUAGCCAAAUGCUGGAUUUAAAAAAAAACUAGAGAAAACAUUCAUCAUGUAGUGAGUAACCAUCAGCCCCAUAUAAACAAAAGCGUUAAAGUGUAAGAAAGCAUAAACAAAACCAAAUAUGUACUUAAGAAUAGAGUUUGUUAGCGCUCACGCGGUGAAAAUCUAACACAGUAAAAACAACCAAAACAAACACGCAUACACUCACACACAUUCUGGCAACUUAAAAGUCACCCUUAUAACCUGAGCUGAGCUAAACCAAGAGAAAAAGUAAUCCUGUUGCACUUGUUAACUGAUAUUGUUCUUUUUGUGCCGUUCUGAAAAAAAAAAAUCAAAUAUUGAUGGUCUGCGAAAAUAUGAAAACCAAAACAAAAAAGUAUAAAACUCGCACUGUUAUUUGCUAAUUGGAGAUGUAGAACAAAAUUUGCUAUCGGAAAAGUUUCAAUGCCAAGAGAGAGAAAAAAACUACCCAAAAUGCACCAGCCUCGUUAUGUUGCGGAUUUUGUUCUCUAUACUUUAAUUCUCGCAAAAAGAAAUGAAAAA